AUGCCGCUUCUGAAAAACAUUGAUCACAUGGCCUACCCAUACCAUUCUCCUCCACCGCCAUCACCACCGUCGAUCGCCUACCCAUACUACUCACCUCCACCACCGCCACCCGACCUACCCCCACCCCCGCCACCAGCAUGUAAAUAUGCCACAACACAACCACCCCCGCCUCCACAAGCACCUCACAAGUUGUACACAACACCACCACCACCAUCGUCACCACCACCUCCACAGGCACCUUACAAGUCGUACAUAGCACCGCCACCAAAACCACAAUCACCACCACCAAAACCACAAUCGUCACCACCACCUCCACAGGCACCUUACAAGUCGUACACAGCACCACCACCAAAACCACAAUCACCACCUUUAUGUCAAUGCGUUCAGCCCCCUCCAGUUAAUACUCCCCCAACACCCAGUGAAGCACCAAAAAUGGCACCAACAAUAUCCCCAACUCCACAACCUACUGCUCCGCCACCUCAGUCUCCUACUCCACCACCACAAUCUUCUACUCUGCCACCAGGCACGCCCCCGUACUCUCAUACUCCAUCACCAGGAAUGUUGCCACAAAACCCUACUCGACCACCGGUCAUGCCACCCCAGUCCCCCACUCCACCCUCAGUCAUGCCGCCGCAGUCCCCUAGUAUAACUCCCGCUAAGCCACCCCAGCCCUCUACUCCACCGCCUGUCCUAACACCGCGCACUAGUCCUCCACUACCAUCUCACAAUCUACCACCAAUUCAAUGGCCACCUCUAACUCCAACCCCGUUUGCCGCUCCACCUCUUCACUAUUCAAUCCCACCACCAACGUCAGUAGUUGUGACGCCGCCACCACCUUCGGGCGGCGGUGACCACACCACUGUCAUCGUAGUGUGCGCCUCGCUGGGCGGCACCUUUUUCCUUGCAUUUCUUGUUCUCGGUCUAUUCUGCUUAGCCAGAAAGAAGAAGAAGCCAGUCAUGGUUCCGGCUGCCCCUUGUGUCGAGGAAGGAGAAGCUGGUUACGCUGUUGAAGCUGUGAGUGCAGAAGUAGAAAUUCAUGAAGCUGGCGGGACAUAUGGAGAAGCUGGUUACGCUGUUGAAGCUGUGAGUGCAGAAGUAGAAAUUCAUGAAGCUGGCGGGACAUAUGGCGGUGGCGGCGACAGUGGUGGAAGUAUUGCCGGAGGCACGUAUCAACCCCGUCCUCCUUAUCAACCGCAAGCUCCCGAACCUCCUACCCAUGCUCCAAGCUCUUAUCAACAAAGCUAA